AUGGCUCUCCAGGCUGAAAACGGAAAUGAACUCCGGAUCGUGUUGUGUGGAAAAACCGGAGUAGGAAAAAGCUCAGCUGGGAACACCAUCUUAGGAUCAAACCAGUUUCACACAGAACUCGGUUCUUCAUCAGUUACCAGACGCUGUCAGAAACAGAGUUCUACUGUUGGGGGGAGAACAGUGAGGGUUGUAGACACUCCAGAUUUUUUCUUUAACACUAAUGAAGAAGAUCUGAGAUCAGAGAUAGAGAAAAGUGUGAUUCUGUCUUCUCCAGGAGUCCAUGCCUUCCUCUUCAUACUGAAACCCACCACUUUUACCAAGCAAGAAGCAGAUAUGAUGCUGCUGUUUGAGCAGAGUUAUGGAGAGGAAGCGUUUAACCACACUGUAAUCCUCUUCACACACGGAGAUCAGCUGAAUAACUCACAGAUACAAACACUGAUCUCACAGAACCAGAUGUUAGAGAAUCUGGUAAAUCGCUGUGGAGGAAGAUUUCAUCUACUCAAUAAUAAAGAUACAGAUAACAGACAGCAGGUGACUGAGCUUCUGCAGAAGAUAGAUCACAUGGUGUCUGAGAAUGAGAGCAGAUGCUACACACUGGAGAUGCUGCAAGAGGCUGAGAGGAGAACAGAACAGCAGAGAGAAAGGAUUGAAGAAGAGCAACGCCAAGAGAAAGAGAGAGAAGAGAGAGAACACCAGAUGAAUUUAGAGAGAGUGACGAGAGAGACAGAGGAACGUGUGCGCAGAGAAAUGCAGGAGGGGGUUUUGGAAAAGUUGGAUGACAAAAUUGAGUCAGAAAAACAGAGAGAGGGAGACGAAGAGUUAAACAGUAACAAACUCAUGGACUUGCCUGAAGAAGACAAUGAUAGGAAUUGCUGUGGGACCAAUAGUUAUCCCUGGAUGCAGUGCAGCUACUGGAUGUGGGGCUAUCACAGGCAAGGUCCAGGUGAUGAUGCCAAGGAAUCAGUGUAGAUUAUAUUGUUUAUCACCUCAUGAGUCUUAAAUAGCAGCUGAAAACCUCUGUAGUCAUUUAAUUUCUUUAAUUAUAGGCUGGUAGGGCCACAUUUAUAUACAUAUUCAUAGAAAUGAAAUGGACUUAAUCAUUAACUAAGUUUUUAUUAAGUUUUAAGGAUAGUUACAGCACUAUUGACAUUGUGUAUUAUGCAGGUUUUUGGUAAUUG